ACCUAGCCCUUCACUCACACCAGGCCCGAAUCUGGGCAUCCUCAUUUCAAACCAGAUAUCUAGUCCCGGUGGCUUCAUCUCGGAUUUCGCUCACUCCACUAGUUGAUAUUACGAGAAAGCUUUGAGGAUCACUUCUACCUACCACCGCAAGCCAGGCUUGGAAUCGGGAGUGGCCUACGGACCACCAUGGACCACCAAUAUCCAGGUCACCAGCUCGGCGACGUUCCUCCGGGCAAUACUUACAGACCAGCCGGUUACAUCUCAGACGACGAAGCCGAACACUCUCUACUACACCAGAACUCCGCAUAUCAAGCACCCUACGACGAUCCUCAACCUCGAUCCCGGCCACUGACGCCAGGACAAGAGUCUGUGUACACACUGAACGAGUCAUAUGUCGGAGGAGAUCCUGCAAGAGUGCCAGUCACCGGCUACAAUCCGCAGCAUACGCAACCGUAUGGUCAACAAGGGGGCUACGGUAAUGAUUCGCAGGCACGCUUUCCUACACCAGGCCUCCCCAAUCCGAGCGACCCUACAAACACUCCGGAAGCAUGGGGAGAACGGCAGGCACCUGGCUAUGGUACCAUCAAGCGCUAUGCAACCAGAAAAGUCAAGCUUGUACAAGGCAGUGUCCUGAGCAUCGAUUACCCCGUCCCAAGCGCCAUUCAGAAUGCCAUUCAGUCCAAAUACCGCAGUGACCUAGAAGGAGGAAGUGAAGAGUUCACACAUAUGCGCUAUACGGCAGCUACCUGUGACCCAGACGACUUCACCCUGAAGAACGGAUACAACUUACGACCCGCCAUGUACAAUCGUCACACCGAAUUGCUCAUUGCAAUUACCUAUUACAACGAGGACAAGGUUCUGACCGCUCGCACGCUGCACGGUGUCAUGCAAAAUAUCCGCGAUAUUGUCAACCUCAAGAAGUCCGAGUUCUGGAACAAGGGUGGUCCUGCGUGGCAGAAGAUCGUGGUGUGUCUAGUAUUCGACGGAAUCGAUCCAUGCGACAAGAACACGUUGGAUGUCUUGGCCACCGUUGGUAUCUAUCAGGACGGAGUCAUGAAGAAGGACGUGGAUGGCAAGGAUACCGUGGUUCACAUCUUCGAAUACACUACGCAGCUCUCCGUCACUGCCAGCCAGCAACUGAUCAGACCUAAUGACAACGACGCGACGUCUCUACCCCCUGUCCAGAUGAUAUUCUGCCUAAAACAGAAAAACAGCAAGAAAAUCAACAGUCACAGAUGGCUCUUCAACGCCUUUGGCCGUAUUUUGAAUCCUGAAGUUUGCAUUCUCCUUGAUGCAGGAACAAAACCAGGCCCGAAAUCCCUCAUGGCACUUUGGGAGGCCUUCUACAAUGACAAAGACCUCGGCGGUGCUUGUGGUGAAAUCCAUGCCAUGUUGGGCCGUGGUGGUAUCUUCGGCAGAAAACUGCUCAACCCCAUUGUCGCCGCUCAAAACUUCGAGUACAAGAUCAGCAACAUCCUGGACAAACCUUUGGAAGCAUCUUUCGGCUAUGUGAGCGUGCUACCCGGUGCAUUCUCUGCAUACCGAUUCCGUGCGAUCAUGGGCCGCCCUCUUGAGCAAUACUUCCAUGGUGAUCACACUCUUUCCGCAAGACUGGGCAAGAAGGGUAUCGAAGGUAUGAACAUCUUCAAGAAGAACAUGUUUUUGGCCGAAGAUCGCAUCUUGUGUUUUGAAUUGGUCGCAAAGGCUGGUUCGAAAUGGCAUCUGUCCUAUGUCAAGGCUUCCAGAGCCGAGACGGAUGUGCCUGAAGGUGCUCCAGAAUUCAUCGGUCAGCGACGACGUUGGCUCAAUGGUUCCUUUGCUGCCACCAUUUAUUCACUCAUGCACUUCUCGCGCAUGUAUAAGUCCGGCCACAACAUCAUCCGGAUGUUCUUUUUCCACAUUCAAAUGAUCUACAACAUUGUCUCGGUCACACUAUCUUGGUUCUCUCUGGCGUCAUUCUGGCUGACUACGAAGAUUCUGAUGGACUUGGUCGGUCAACCUAGCACGCAAAACAACAAUUCGGCAUUUCCCUUCGGCGACAAAGCGACUCCUAUUGUCAACACUAUCCUGCAAUACCUGUACCUGGCCUUCCUCUUGUUACAAUUCAUCCUGGCAUUGGGAAAUCGGCCCAAAGGUUCGAAGGUUGCGUACAUAAUCUCGUUCGCCCUGUUCGCUCUUAUUCAACUCUAUGUCAUUGUUCUGUCCAUGUACCUGGUUGUUCGAGCAUUUACAACCAAGGAUGGAACCGACAUCGUCACGAAUGAAGGCGCGAAUGAGUUUGUCAAAUCAUUCUUUGCCUCGACCGGACCUGGAAUUGUGAUCAUCGCAUUGGCCGCCACAUUUGGCUUGUACUUUGUGGCAUCAUUCCUAUACCUCGACCCUUGGCAUAUGUUCACGUCCUUCGGCCAGUACCUGCUGCUCAUGCCGUCUUUCAUCAACAUUCUCAUGAUCUAUGCGUUCAGCAACUGGCAUGAUGUCUCUUGGGGUACCAAAGGUUCUGACAAGGCUGACGUCCUCCCAUCGGCGCAAACCAAGAAAGACGAAAAGGGCAAGACGGCAGUGAUUGAAGAAAUCGAUAGACCACAAGCAGACAUCGACAGUCAAUUCGAGUCCACCGUCAGACGAGCUCUGGCACCAUUCAAGCCUCCUCAGGAGAAAGAAGACAAGACCUUGGAAGACUCUUACAAGAACUUCCGAACUCGGCUUGUCGCAACGUGGAUUUUCUCGAACGCUCUGUUAGCAGUCGCCAUCACGAGUGACAGCAUUGACAAGUUCGGAUUCAGUGUAAGUUUGCUCAUAUGUUCAAUGAAAGGUCUGCUGACACGAUUGACAGUCUCUUGCCACGACGAGAAGUAAUCACUUCUUCCAGGCCUUGUUGUGGACUACUGCGGGCCUCUCUUUGGUUCGAUUCAUAGGAUGUUGCUGGUUCCUUGGAAAGACUGGUCUACUGUGCUGUUUCAACAGAAGAUAAGCCGCGACCACAUGGCUUGAAAAAAGGUAUCAAAGGUUGAGAUUUGGGGUAUUCCUCAGUGAGCCACACUUCACACCAAGCAUGUAUCGGCGUCUGCAUUGGCUGGCCAUGUACUACGGUCAUUUCCAUAGACAAAAUGAGUGAGUAAAUUGAGCGUUUUUGAGAUAAGAGGUCACUGUCAUUCACAGCCUUGCGGCGAAAUUGCGGCGAAACAAUGAUCAACGCCUCCGUUCGGAGGAAG